AUGGUGGGAUUACAGAAGGGUGUGAGCUCAGAGGAGCCAGUGUUUGAAGCAGUGCUGAACUGGGUGAAGCUGGAUUUGGAGAAAAGAACAGAAGAUCUUCCAAAAUUACUCCAGCUGGUGAGACUACCGUUACUCAGUGUUAGAUACAUCACAGAUGUAGUGGACAACCAGAGUCUUAUCAAAGCCAGCCAUGCUUGCAGAGACCUGGUGGAUGAAGCUAAAACUUUUCACCUCAGACCAGACCUCAGGAGUCAACUGCAUGGGUCACGUACAAAACCCAGAACAGGCUCUGUAGAGGUACUAGUGGUGGUUGGAGGCUUUGGUGCCAUGCAAAACCCAGUAGAUUCUGCUGAGAUGUUUGAUCCCAAGAGUAAUGAAUGGGAGUCACUGCCUUGUCUUACAAAGAGGAGACGAUAUGUCACUGCUGCUGCAGUUGGACCUAGACUUUACGUGAUUGGUGGAUAUGAUGGCCAAUCACGGCUCAGUUUAGUGGAGUGCUUGGACAUCAGUCAAGACAAGCCUGCCUGGCAUGCUGUGGCCCCCAUGCACCAUCGUAGAGGACUGGCUGGAGGAUGUGUAUAUCAAGACAUGAUAUUUGUGUGUGGAGGCUUUGAUGGCACCAACAGACACACCAGUCUUGAGCGCUAUGAUCCCCGUAUUGACCAAUGGACACUGCUGGGCAGUAUGUUACUAGGGCGCGAGGGGGCAGGACUUGUAGUGGCCAGUGACCAUAUAUACUGCCUUGGUGGCUAUGAUGGUGUUAAUCUUUUGAAUUCUGUGGAAAAGUACGACCCUCGGACUAAUCAGUGGGCGAGUGUGGCUCCUCUUGCUACUAGUAGAUCAGGCGCAGGGGUGGCUGUACUAAAUGACACGAUAUUCGUUUGCGGUGGUUACGAUGGGAACACGCAUUUGUCUUCAGUAGAGACGUACAACGUGCGCACGUGCCAGUGGUCAUCCAUCAGCAGUAUGACGUCUCCCAGGUGCUAUGUUGGAGCAUGUGUGUUACGAGGAAAGUUAUAUGUUGUUGCAGGAUAUGAUGGCCACACUCUACUCAAGAACAUGGAGUACUAUGACCCUAUUGCUGACCAGUGGAUAGUCACGGAGUCCACCAUGGAGGUCAAGAGGUGCGACUCAGGGGUGGCUGUGGUCAAGGGGAUAUGAGAGAACAAAGAACAACUGGACACUUGAUAAAGUGACCACAAUUAGGUUAAAUGUCUCAUAAUCAUCGUCACCACCUCCCCAGGGAGGAGAGAUCGCUAACACAGAUUGUAAUGAUCAGGUGUCUAGCUAUUUGUUUUGUAUGUAAUGCACAUAAUUGUAAAGUCUACUAAACAUAUAUAUAUAUGAAGUUCAGAUUAAAAAUAUAUAUAGUAUAUUAUAAAGUCAAGAAACAGGUUUCUAGAGAUAUUGACUAGGACUAGUUAACAUGACCAGUCAGUCUGUGAUGCCAAAUACUGGUCAGAAACAAUGCCAGCUUAGUAACAAAUUAGGAUUUUCGAAGUUACUAGACUAA